CUGGAAUAGGCGUGCCCAUCUCCUUCAUCCCCUCUUUUUUUCUUCAUUUGCUUUUAAAACUCCCCUUAGGAGUGUAUGAGAGCAAUUUUGCUGCUUGUCUUCCCAGGGCAAGAAAAUAACGACAGGAGUGGAGAUUAUUUGCUGACUGGAGCAGUCCAGGUAUUUCCUUGCUGUAGUCUCUGCUGCUGAAGAAAGUUCCUCUCCUACUUUUGAAGAAGAACAGAAUCAAGGUUUUAAGACAAGCCAUCUGCUAUAGAGCCUGGGGCUCCAUGGCGACCUCAGGACCUCCUAGGGGCUGUGGCAACAUAAGCAGUGACUAUUACUUCCUCUGCAACACUGAAGCUGAUUGGGGGAUUGUUGUAGAAUCCUUGGCUACAGCUGGUAUUGUUAUCACAAUCAUCCUCUUGCUUGUGCUUCUUUUUCUGAUCUGUAAAGUCCAAGACAAUACAAAGCGAAGCCUGGUCCCCAUCCAGUUCCUCUACCUUCUGGGCACUCUAGGCAUCUUUGGUCUCACUUUUGCCUUCAUCAUCAGGCUCAAUGAAAGAACAGCCCCCACCCGCUUCUUCCUUUUUGGGGUCCUUUUUGCCCUGUGCUUUGCCUGUCUCCUUGCCCAUGCGUUUGACCUCAUCAAGCUGGUGCGAGGAAGAAGCCCAUUUUCAGGAUGGGUGUUGCUGGUGAUCACUAUCAGCUUGACCAUCGUGCAAAUUAUUAUAGCCAUACAGUAUGUGGCCAUCAACAUUGAAGCAUUGAAGAAAUUAGAGGAAAACCACAGCAUGGAUGAAAAAAGACGUGAAGAUUUUAUUUUACUUCUCAUCUAUGUUCUUUUCCUGAUGGCUCUCCUCUUUGUUGUUUCCAUGUUUGUUUUCUGUGGGUCAUACAAAAGAUGGAAGAGGCAUGGUGUGCACAUAUUCCUCACUAUCUUGGUCUCCAUCGGCAUCUGGGUGGCAUGGAUCAGCAUGCUUAUGAGAGGCAACCCAGAUUUGAAAAAACGACCAGAAUGGGAUGAUCCUGUCAUCAGUAUUGCUCUGCUUGCGAAUGGGUGGGUUUUCCUGAUAUUCUAUGCCGUGCCUGAACUCUGUUUCCUCACGGAUCCACAGAAGCCUGGUGACUACCCACCAGAAAAUAAUUUCUGCCAACCUAAAGUCAUGAAAAAAGCCUACGGAGUAGAGAACCGAGCCUAUGCGCAAGAAGAUAACAUACAAGCUGAAAACAGAGAUCGCCCGUAUGCUCCUUAUACCACUCAUUUCCAGCUGGAGAAUCUGGAGUCCCAACAAGAUUUCUCCAUUCCAAGGCCUAAAACACGGACCAGCCCUUACCAAGGGUACUCCGGAGGGAAAGGUGUCUAGUAACAACUCCACAAAAAACACAUGAAAAGCAAUAUUCAAUUGACUGAGGUGCUAGGAGCCAUAUGGCAGUACUUCAGUUUUAUGAAAUCAGGGACAUAGUUCAGCACUACGGUGGAUGAAGGAAGAUUUCUUCUUCUUCUCCGGCUCACCUUUUUAUUGUUUCUGCACAUAUGGCACUUUAAGCUUCUUCAUUCAUCAGAUUCCUUCAUUUAAUGAACUUCUAUAAACCUUCUCAGAUGUUCUCCCCUCAAAAAUUACCCUGCUCUCUUUUGCCACAUCCACAUUAGUCCCCUCUCAUGCCUGCAAGUUGUGGUGGUAAGCCUAAAGCAAGUUCCCUGCUCUACAUACAUAGACUCAUUAUGCGAUUUGGAAUCACAAUUGUACAGCAUUCUAAAUCACUUGUAGAGAUUGUAUAUGUGAAGCAGGUUACCUAUUUCAGACUUCCCUCCAACAAUGUGUGGGUAAUGAGAAGGAUGGUGCCAUCUUUCAAGGAAGACUAGAGAAUGUGUUCGUAAUUGUAUAAUGGGGUGAUUGCCCAAAUAGGGUUGUGACUUUUCUCAGUUCUAUUGCAUUUACGUAUUCACCUCAGCAUUUUGUCCAAGAUUAUUUUACAAUAUGUAACAAGCAGGAAAAAGACAUUCAGCACACUUAUGGUGCUUUACUCCCCAAAUGACUAAUCCAUCUUUGACCGGACAAUGCCUGAACUGACUGCAUUAACUUGUAUGUUUUCUCUCUCUCUUUGCCUUCCAAAGCACUGGAAUCAGCAAGAAUAUUCAAUGUAAACUGUAGUCUUUAGGUCCACUUCAUGCUUUCCUGGCCAUUCUAGCAUACUAGAAUCUGGAGUACUUUUAGCCCAGUUUUUAUUUAAGCAUCAUGUUCUCUCUUUCUCCAUAAACUCUGGUCAAAGAGCCAUGAAGGAUUCUGGUAUGUCUCAGUUGUAUACUUGCUUGAUACUUGUAAUGAAACCAUGCUUUGUGGUUCCUUCCUUUUAAAAGCCAGCCACUGCAUUGCGUGUUGAUUUUGGAAGAAGAUUUGGACAUACUUGAUGGAGCUCUCUGGUACUAAUAUGGCAACAACCCUUUACAGAGGAGACACAACUGGAUCUACUGGGGGGGAUUACUCGCAGGUCUCUUGAGCACUGAUUUCUGCCCCUCAUUGCUAUUACUGACUACUCUAGUCAGUAUUUAUUCAUGCACUUCUUUGCCAAAAGAACACAGAGCGCUCAGAUUUCUUCUCACCAGCCAUUGAUGCCUGUGGAGCAGAAGUGACCCUUGGUAAACCCUUUGUAAACAUUUUGUAUGGAAUAUCUAGACUGCUGUGACUGUGUAAUACAUAAAGACAAAUAUUAAGAGCUUCAAGAAUGAGUGUGACAUUUUAACAGUUGAAACAAUGGCUUGUUGGAGGAAAACAUGAGAUGAAUGGAGUGAAAUUUGUAAUCUGUGACAUGGAAUUCUUCUGAGGCAUAGAAUGGUUAAUGUCAUCAUUAACAAAAUGGUGUAGUGGAACAAUAAGGUACAAUUAGAGAAAGAAAUUUGGGGUGCAUGAUAGGGUGGAUGGCUGGGAGAAAUAGGGGUAGUGGAAACCUCAGGUACAUCAGUCUUAUGCUUAUUUAUCUGAGAGUGAGCCCCAUUGAACUCAGUGGGACUUUUUCUGAGUAGACACAUGUGAUAUUGCAAUGUAAAAAAAGUCCCAGCAUUCAUUUAGAUCCAUUUCAGGAUAAAUUGUCGUUGGUAAAAACACUGGGCAGCAAGAGUGCUUCCAGAAAAUUUGUUCAUAUCUUAGAGAAAAGAAUAAUAUUGACAGCUAGCUGAAGAAAAGUAAACACGAUCCAACAAAGUUUAAGUUCAUUUACACCUCAUUCUUUUUAAUGGGAGAAUGAGGCCUGUGCUUAUAUUUCUCCCACUGAAAUUACUUGGAAACACAAUUGCAAUUUGGGCGGGAGAUUCUCCUUAAAUACAUGAGAAAGGAGUAUUAAAGUUUUCUUUUUGUGCUUAUAACUAUAAUAUUUAUUUGUUUAUUUCACAUACUAUACUGAACACAAUGGUUAACACUAAAUAAAUAAUUAUA